AUGGGGCCCAGGGCCCUCCUGCUGGCCGCGUCCCUCGUCGUGGUUCAGCUUCUUCUGCCACAGGUUCAUUCCGUCAGGACCAAACUCAGGAAACAGCGAUCGAAACCGCUGCAGGCUCAACAACCCGCCAACGGCGAUUACGACUACGACUACUACGGCUACGAUGAUUACGAAGACAAAAAUGAAACAGCAACCAUAACUACCUCGUUGCCUGUAACAUCAUCUGGCGUUGGUAGCACAGUGUGUAAAGACAGAGGUGAGUCGCCUGCGGAAGGAUCAGGAUCCUUUUAUAGGACAGCAUUGGCCACAGACUUGCCAACGCCAACGCCGACUCGAUUCUUUCGUCAAGAUUUGCCUGAUGAUCCAAACACCACUCCAGAUCGAACCUAUCCAGAUCGAACUUAUCCAGAUCGAACCUACCCAUCGCCAACAGAGAUCUCACCUGGUGAAAGUAAUCAAAUAAAUUCUGUAGCAGUGCCUGGUCCCCGGGGUGAGCCUGGUCGACCUGGCGACGCCGGGCGUCCAGGUGACGCUGGAUUCCCUGGACAACCUGGAUCACCUGGAUUCCCAGGGCCUCCUGGACCACCAGGAUCCGUUCCUGACGUGUCGAUGUACUAUCAACAACUGGCCCUAUCGCAAGCAACUCAAGACAAAGGCCCAACCGGAGCAGCAGCACCGUUGUAUGGUCCAGAAACUUACCUGCAGACUCAAGUGGGCCCCGUGGGACCACGUGGUUCACCAGGUCCGCCUGGUCCACCUGGGCCACAGGGUUUUCAAGGGGUACGCGGAGAGCCUGGUGAACCUGGAUCAGCUGGUCCUCCAGGCCCUCCAGGACCUCAAGGAUCGCCAGGCUUGGCAGGGAAAGAUGGUAGCACAGGUGAAGAUGGAGAGCCAGGUCCAGCAGGAUCGCCUGGUCCAAUUGGCUCGAGAGGUCUCCCAGGGAUGCCUGGACUUCCGGGUGUGAAAGGACAUCGUGGCUUUCCAGGAUUGGACGGAGCGAAAGGAGAACAAGGAGUAUCUGGAGAGAAGGGGUCUGUAGGCUCGCCAGGACCUAUGGGACCUGUUGGUCCUGUGGGUCCUGCAGGUCCUCGUGGCGAAAGGGGUAGAGAGGGUCCUUCAGGACCUCCAGGAAUCAGAGGGGUGGAUGGAAUUUCUGGAGCACCCGGACAGCCUGGCGCAGUAGGUAAGUCAGGACCUCCUGGAUAUCCAGGCAAUCCUGGUGCGAAAGGAGACCAAGGAGCACCGGGACCGACUGGGAGCCAAGGUUUACAAGGCCCUCGAGGAGAAACCGGUCGGCCAGGACAACCUGGCGAAUCAGGCCCCCAGGGCCCUCAAGGAAAGGAUGGAAUACCCGGAGAGAAAGGAAGCACAGGGGCGCCUGGUUCAACUGGCGUCCCUGGUAUCCCUGGAACUCGAGGACAGUCCGGGAUACCUGGCAAUCCUGGCACUCCAGGAAUCAAAGGGAUGCCUGGGCACCCCGGCGAGAGGGGAUUUAAAGGGGACUCGGGAGUCAAGGGUGACUCGGGAUCACCAGGGCCACGUGGUUUGCCAGGUCCUCCCGGAAACGAGGGGAAGCGAGGAAAGAGAGGAAUGCGCGGUCCGAUUGGUGCGCCUGGUUCCGCUGGCGAACGCGGAACACCUGGCGCACCGGGUCUCCCCGGUCCUGACGGUCCUGUUGGACCCAAAGGUCAGACUGGAGAUCGUGGACCGAUUGGUCCCUUUGGACCGAAGGGUGCUACAGGGGAUCCUGGUCGACCAGGACCGGCUGGAUUACAGGGUGUUCGUGGAUUGAUGGGACGUCCAGGCGCUCCUGGAAAGCCAGGUAAUCCAGGAGAACGUGGGAUUCAAGGCGCUGAUGGGAAACCUGGCGAGCAAGGUCCUUCCGGAUUGCAAGGCUUGCCUGGUCCCUUGGGUUUCCCAGGGGAAAAAGGAUAUCCUGGCGAAGCUGGCAAAGCUGGAGAGCCGGGAAACCCUGGAGCACCUGGUCCCAGAGGUGACACAGGCAAGGAAGGAGCGCCAGGACCUCAAGGCUCGCCUGGACCAUCAGGAGCAGACGGUGAACGGGGUCCCCCAGGCGCUCCUGGUCCCAGAGGCUUCCAGGGCUUUCCAGGUGGAAUUGGCAGCCCAGGCACUCCUGGAAAAGAUGGAGAACCAGGCAUUCAAGGAGCACCUGGUGUCUCUGGAAUGCCUGGGAAUAGAGGAGAACGAGGAUUCCCUGGCGAAAGAGGACAGGCAGGGCUGCCAGGAGUAGCAGGACCAAAAGGAGAUCGAGGAACGCAAGGAUUGGAUGGACCUCCUGGAUUGCAAGGACCUAAAGGAGACAGGGGCCUCCAAGGUCCUCCUGGAUUGGUAGGACUGCCGGGAAUUCGAGGUGCUUCCGGUGAAGCUGGUCCUAAAGGAGAGCGAGGAUCUGCUGGGCCAGUUGGGCCUGAAGGACCUUCAGGACGAAUCGGAGAGCGUGGACCGCAAGGUCAGGUUGGUCCCCCUGGUCCCCCAGGCGAGCCAGCAGAACGAGGAGAUCCUGGCUCCCCGGGUCCUCCGGGAGAGACUGGAGCUUCUGGUAGUCCUGGAGAUAGAGGGCCUCAAGGCUUGCAAGGCUCACAAGGCUUCCCAGGACCGCAAGGACUCGUUGGCCUGCCAGGGUUGAAGGGAGAUCGUGGAUAUCCUGGUUCGAAAGGGGAUCAAGGAAGUCCCGGUCCUUCGGGUAGUCCUGGGGAAACUGGACUGCAAGGAUUAACUGGACUGACUGGAGCCAAGGGAGUAAGGGGUGAGCCUGGACCUAGAGGCGAGGCUGGAAUGAUGGGACCUCCUGGGGUACCAGGAAUAGCUGGAGUAGCAGGGCCAGCAGGUCCGACAGGACCUCCGGGAGCCCAGGGAUUGCCAGGUAUCAAGGGCAAUCUUGGAGAAACAGGACGACCUGGAAGUCCUGGACCUAAUGGAGCCCCAGGUCUGCCUGGAAUCGACGGAGAUAAAGGUGACAGUGGUUCCCAAGGACAACCAGGUCUACCUGGUCCCAUAGGACCCCAAGGUGCACCUGGCGAGAGAGGCCUGCCAGGUUUGCCAGGUCCAUCUGGACCUGUAGGAGCUAGAGGAAUGCGUGGUGCACCUGGUGAGAGUGGAGUACCUGGGAAACCAGGACCAGAAGGCCCUACGGGAUCCCCUGGAUUGGUGGGGCCAGUUGGACCAGCGGGAUCUCCUGGCGAAAUAGGACCAGAGGGACCAAGUGGCAAACCAGGACCUCCUGGAAUCUCUGGCCGACCUGGAGAUAAAGGACCUCCUGGAACGGUUGGACAACCAGGAUCGACCGGUCCACCGGGUUUACCAGGAUCACCUGGUCAAGCAGGAGCUCCGGGACCUGUUGGAGAAAGAGGACUAAAAGGCGAAACAGGACCGCAAGGUGUAGAAGGACAACAAGGUCCCAGAGGAAAACCAGGACCUAUUGGACUGGAAGGACCCAAAGGCGACCGUGGAGAGGAAGGACAGAAAGGUAUCAAAGGACAUCGAGGGUUUACUGGACUCCAAGGCCUUCCUGGACCUGUUGGUCUGCCAGGAGAGAAAGGAAUACCUGGAUUUCCUGGAAUUCCUGGGAAAGAUGGAGAACCUGGUCCUAGAGGACCGUCUGGAAAAGAUGGGAGCCCAGGACCGAUUGGACUGACCGGCAAUCCGGGACCAAAAGGUCCUCCAGGCGAUGAAGGUCACCAUGGACCUCCGGGACCUCCUGGUUCUCCAGGUCCUCCAGGUCCACCUGGUGAGCUUGGAUUGGGAUACGAUGCUGCCUCUCUAGCUGCUCUCUUAGGGCAAGGUCAAAGUAAAGGCCCUGAUCCUCUCAUUGGCGACGAACCUCCCAGAAUAUUUAGUCCAGAGAUGACGGAGGAAGAGAGACGAGAAGUAAUCUCGAAAGCGUACAAGCAGCUGAAAUCUUCGUUCCAGAAAUUCAUAAAGCCGGAUGGGGAAAAACAAUCGCCAGCCAAGACUUGUCGCGAUCUUUUCGUGGCUUAUCCAGACAAAGUUUCCGGAGAAUACUGGGUGGAUCCAAACGAAGGUGACCCCAGAGACGCGAUUCUAGUUUACUGCGAGGCAAAGACCCAUGCAACGUGUUUAUUAGCAAACCCGACGCGUUCUCCAGAAAUUACGUACAUUACCGAGCAACAGGAAACUUGGCUCAGCGAGAUAGAGGAUGGAAUGAAGAUAACUUAUAAAGCAGACAGUAAUCAGAUUAGCUUUCUACAAUUGUUAUCAAAGUAUUCUUAUCAAAACGUAACGUACUACUGUAAAAAGAGCGUCGCUUAUUUCGAUUCCGAACGAAAGACGUACAGGAAAGGUAUGAAACUGUUGGCAUGGAAUGACGCGGAAUUGACUCCGCGUGGAAAUCAACGUCUCAGAUACGAAAUGAUAAUGGAUGACUGCAAGUCGCGUAUGGAAGAGUGGGGCAAGACCAUAAUUUCAUACAAAACAGAUAAACCUGUAAGGUUGCCUAUAAUAGACGUCGCUUUGCGAGACAUUGGAAAGUCUGAGCAAAGUUUUUAUAUCGAAAUAGGCGCCGUUUGUUACGAAUAAUGAGUACAAUUUUACGAAUAUACUUCUUAAUUUAAUACAUACACACGCGGAACGAUCGAAACCGUUGCAAGUAAGUGAAAAUCAUAUAAAAAUUAAGUAAAUUGUAUACAUAUCACAAUGCAAAUGAGAAAGUCUUCCAAUACUUUUUAUAUUCAACGUAUUUCUAUGUAAAAUAUAUGAUUUUAUGUAGUGUAUAUAUAUCUACAAACAUUCUUAAUUAUUGUAAUGUUAAUAUAUAUGUUCUAGAAAUUUAAUUAAUUCGUAAGAAUGAGAAAAGGAAUAAUAUUGUUUAUGCAUAAUUUUAAUAAAUUUGAAUUUAUACA